GGGCUCGGGGCGGCGAAAUCCCCCGUGGCCGUGUCCUGCGCGCCGCCCGCCGCCCGCCUCCUGCCGCCGUCAGUGUGUCCGCACGCGGGUGCGGGAGCGGAGCGGCGCGGCGCUGCCUCCCCGCCGCCCGCCCCGCCGCCUCUGCCCCGCGGCCGGGCUCGGGCCGGCUCCUCUUCCCGGGGCUCCCCGCCCUCCCUGCCCGCUGCAGUUUAGUUGUUCUCUCCUGCUUUUUCUCUCUUUCCUUUUUUUUCUUUCUUUCUUUCUUCUUUUUUUUCUCCUCCCACCGGGAAUGCUCAAACUGGACUGAUGGACAUUUCCGAGCUGUGCAUUUCCGACCCGCUCGGCUACCACAACCAGCUGCUCGGCAGAAUGGCCACGGAGGAGCGGCACCUCUCCUCCAGCUGUGGGUCCUUCAUCAAGACGGAGCCCUCCAGCCCAUCUUCUGGCAUCGACGCCAUCAGCCACCACAGCCCGAGUGGCUCCUCCGACGCUAGCGGUGGCUACGGCAUCGCCAUGGGUGGCCACCCCAAUGGCCUAGACUCACCACCCAUGUUCAAUGGCACAGGGAUUGGCGGUGGGUCCUGCCGUAAGCGUUACGACGACUGCGCCAGCGCCAUCAUGGAGGACUCGCCCACCAAGUGCGAGUACAUGCUCAAUGCAAUCCCCAAGCGGCUGUGCCUGGUGUGCGGGGACAUUGCUUCUGGGUACCACUACGGCGUGGCUUCCUGUGAGGCGUGCAAAGCCUUCUUCAAGAGGACUAUUCAAGGGAAUAUUGAAUACAGCUGCCCGGCCACCAAUGAAUGUGAGAUCACGAAACGGAGGCGCAAGUCCUGUCAGGCCUGUCGCUUCAUGAAAUGCCUCAAAGUGGGGAUGCUAAAAGAAGGUGUUCGUCUGGAUCGAGUCCGUGGAGGCCGUCAGAAAUACAAGAGGAGACUGGAUUCUGAGAGUAGCACUUACCUGAGCUUACAGAUCCCUCCCCCAGCUAAAAAGCCACUGACUAAGAUCGUCUCCCACUUGCUGGUCGCUGAGCCAGAGAAGAUUUAUGCCAUGCCUGAUCCAACCAUGCCAGAGAGUGACAUCAAAGCCCUGACAACCCUCUGUGACCUGGCAGACAGGGAACUGGUGGUGAUCAUUGGCUGGGCAAAGCACAUCCCAGGGUUCUCCAACCUCUCCCUUGGGGACCAGAUGAGCCUCUUGCAGAGCGCCUGGAUGGAAAUCCUCAUCCUGGGCAUUGUGUACCGCUCCCUGCCGUAUGAGGACAAGCUUGUCUAUGCUGAGGACUACAUCAUGGAUGAAGAGCACUCUCGUCUGACAGGGCUGCUGGAGCUCUACCUGGCCAUCCUACAACUGGUGCGCCGCUACAAGAAGCUCAAGGUGGAAAAGGAGGAGUUUGUCACACUCAAAGCUCUGGCCCUUGCCAACUCAGACUCCAUGCACAUAGAGGACAUGGAUGCAGUGCAGAAACUCCAGGACCUUCUCCACGAAGCCCUGCAGGACUACGAGCUGAGUCAGCGCAAUGAGGAGCCCCGGCGAGCAGGCAAGCUGCUUCUGACCUUGCCCCUCCUGCGGCAGACGGCCGCCAAAGCUGUGCAGCACUUCUACAGCAUCAAACUGCAAGGCAAGGUUCCCAUGCAUAAACUCUUCCUAGAAAUGCUAGAGGCAAAGGUCUGACAGCCCCAGCGCCAGCCGACAGUGGCCGGGGAACAAACUAGAAACAAAGAUGCAGACAACGGAGCAAUCCAAACAGCAGCAGCAGCCACCGCCGGCUUUUAUCGUCAAUCAUUUAUUAUGGAAGAAUUAUUUAAUGUCUAUCUGUCGGCGUGACUGCAGAAUCUCGUGUACAGGAGGGGGGAAACUCUUUUAAUCAGUCACCUGUUUCUCUUUUUUUUUUUGUUUUCUCUGUGGGAAAUACCAGAAUAUGCUCUUGCACUUGUUGAGGUGGUCACUGGGGCUCAGCCCCUCUGAGCAGUGAUGCUCUCAGCACUAUCCAGGCCGCCUGCUUCCCAGCUCCCUCCGCCAGUGCUGGAGGGGGAGUGGGGACAGAAGCAGGAAGAGAGGACGAAUAGCGUCAAUACAAACUUUAUCUGCUGGUGUUGUGAGGGGUCGGAUAGAAAGGGAAGCAGCCAGGGUCCUUCUUUUUGUCACCUUCCUGGCUCUAACCAUAGAGCAGAUGCUCCUUUGGAGAAGAGUGCUGCUGGACCUCUCCUGAUGAAAACGGCUGCCUCCCAGGCUCCUCUAGCGACAGCUAACACUUGUACAUACAGGCCCCACUUCUUACCGGGAAAGAUGCUCCUAACUGUGUAAGAUAUUCUGCGACCUUGUACAGUGUGUCAUUACGCCUGGCUAGUCCCUCCUAUGUACAAUCCCCGCAGGCCGCUGAAGAGGUAGGAUGUAUGUCCCCGAGAGAAUGCAAGUCUCCUUUCCCAGAUGGCAAGAAAAAGAGGAGAGCCUCAUGUUAUGCUUCAGUGCUGGGUUGACUUGAUAAUCUCUGCAUCCUCUCCUAUGUGGUGCUAACUACAAUUCUUCCACACUUUUCACCCUGUAGUGUAUCAUCAAACCUGCCUCUUCAGCUCAGCUGAGUGCCAUUCCCCACUUGUUCCUUGUGGCAGAGAACACAAGGCUUUGUCUGCAUGAUUACUGCCCAACUAUAAAUACACCCCAAACCAGGGCUUUCCUAGACUUCGUUAAAGUGAUAGCUCUUUGCCUCCACAGAGACUUAGGCUUAUUGCCAAAUGCUAGUUAGGAAUCAAGGGCACUGCUUUUUGGAGGAGGCAGCUCUUGAGCCUGAGAGAUUGCUUUUUUGUGGCAGCCUAGGGAAAUAAAUUAGAGGGUGACAUGAAACCCCCAAUAUCCCAACUACUGUCUUCCCCUGCCUCAUCCCAUUACCCUCAACAGCAGCAAAAGAGCUAGCAUAGAUUAUACUUGGGCCUGGUAAGAGAUUCUUUCACUGAUGGGAAAGCAAAUAUUUGACCUUGAGGUGGCAGGAGAAGAAGUGGGGGAAUGUUUAUUUACUCCUUUCCUGUAACCAGGUUCCUGCUGUCUCCAAGCCCUGGUUUAGAUCUGCUGCCUAAGCCGCAACUGCUGCAUUCCCGGUAGCCAGAGGGGAAUGUGGGUGACUGACAAAACUGGCUGUUGGCAGUCUCUGAGAUUUUAUUUUCUAGGUCACUUAGUUUUGAGCCAGCCUAAGCUGAUGAAACCUGAAUGUAUUGUCUGUUUUGUGGCCAGUGGCACGGCAGUAGAGGUGAGAAAAAGCCUCUGAUCUACAUUUGAGACACCACUAGCUGUACUGCCUCUGUUCCCCUCAAGCUUCCAUCCCUUCCUGGCUAGCCCAGGAGAAAGGUGGUGUGGCAGAGGAGUAACUUUCCCCCAGCAGGAAGCCUUCCAAACCAGGGUUGAGGCCUGUGAUCAGGGAGACACUGGGUGCUUGUUUUCUACUGGAGCAGAAUGUGUCACAGCAGAGCUGUCAGUGCUGCAGAACAACAGCCAGGCUAGCUCAGAGACUGGGGGCACUAACUGAUCCUGACCUCUCAGCUCUCACAGCCAGCCUGCUCCUGGUACUUGAGUUAGUUCAGUUCCAUCUCCUUUGAGUUUUCUCUACACAUGCAGUCGUAGCUACUCUCACUCAUUUUGUGCUCACUUGAUGAAGGAAUUCAGUCUUGCUUCAGGCACAUUAGUAAGCCAACAGAGACCUAAGGGGCAGAAGGCAUGUGGGAGCUGGGACUGCUUCUGUGUUCACAGCGGUAGCAAUUACACAGUGGCCUUGUGCUUUGAACAGAUUCUCAUGCUUCUCUCCACAGCUCCCUCCCAGAGGCAGCUGGGGAGAAAAUGAGAGGCUUUUGGUUGCGCUCAUGAUCCCUGUACCCAUCUGUGACUCGGAGGGACCAAAAUGAAAUGCACACCACCACUACAGAGCCAGCUUGCCAUGUGCUGCACUCUGCUGUGUAAAGGUAGCUGUCCCAAAAUGGGCAGAAAAGAUCCUAAGAAGCAAUUCUUAUUCUGUUGAGCCCUGGCUGGAAAGGUCACUUACCAAAAAAAAAAAAAAAAAAAAAAAAAAAGGCUCUUCCAGCUUUGUUGUAUUUGGACUUGGGCCUGCUUUCCAGAACAGGGAGGGAGAACUAUCUACAAAACAUGAUUAUGGAGAGCUGCCAAGUUAGCUUCUAGCCCACAGAGACUGCUGGCUAUUUAGAGUAGGGCUAUGGUACAGAGGCAAAUCCUGCCUUGGCAGAACAAUAUAAAGAUACCAAAUGCAUUUUUUUCCAGGACCUUCUUUCUCCAUUACAGCUGCAUAACCUUGGAGCCCAUCUGGAUAUCCCCCAUUGCUUGAAGAUAAUAUGCCUGGAAGUGUUUGCAUUGCUUCUGAAAUAGGAUGGGAACUGAAGCAGACAGUAAUUAGCAUAUAUUAAUCUCUUUAAGCAAGGAAUGCAAACUCUUCCCCAGGAACUGGGACAGAAACACCUGUCUAGAUUUAACCCUUAAAAGGCUUGUACCAUAUACUGGGAACCAGGUCAGAUCUGUUGGGCACCUCAGACCAGUACAGGAAUCACACACAUCUCUUCCCAGUUACUCUGAUUUGCUGUGCAUCACUAGUGCUAUCACGCUGCCACAACUGAGGAGCAUGUCCAGCCUACACAGUGAGCUGAGCUUGCAGAGAAGGGUAACAUUUUAGUGUAGUCCUCUCAAUGCACUUUGAAGUAGGACAUGGGGCUUCAGCAACUGCUUAGGUCUUUGAAUGCUCACAGUCUUUUACAAAAAGGUCUGGGGAUGUGGAAGUUGAGACAUGAACUAGGAAAUGGGUUCUGGGUCAGUGCUCUUUAUGCCGUUCAUUUGUAAUAUAGGACUUACAGAGUCAGCACCAUACAGCCAUCCUUCUACAUGGGGCAAAAGAUGAUGGAGCUUGAGCCUUGGGACACAAAUGGGCUCUAUGAGUUAAAGAAAAGCAAAGCGGUAGAGGUAAGUGUAUCAGUGACAGUGAAUAAGCAUGAAGCCCACGCCCAGCAACUAUGGUAAAAGCAGCUCCAGCCCCUGAUUUGCAUGUGCGGAUAACAGAAAGGACGUACCCAUCAGCUGCUACAAAAGGCAUUUCUUCCCAAGUGACUAGCUCUUCUGUUUUGGGCACAUUCUUCUCUUGGAACAGCAGUGUCUGGCCUGUAAUGCAAAACAAAUUUCAUGGGGAUCAAUUAAAAUAAAAGGUAAAAUACCACACAGAAUUAGAUUUCUGGGGAACCUUGGGCAUUACACCUCGCAGCAAAACUGUGAAGCCAGAAGAAACUCCCCCAUAACAAUCAGAACCUUGCAGUACUGCUCAUGCUAAGGGGGCAUUAUUUUUCUCUUUGUAAGCUAAGUAAUCUUUUUUUUUUUUAAACUAUUACAAAUAUAUAAAAUAAAACAUGCUGCACCAGAAAGAUGUAAGCAAGCAGCUAUUAGAGGGGAAAGUCAUUGAGAAAGACCCUAGAAUGUAACUUGUUGAGCUUUUAUUACCAAUCGGAGCUGAGAAAAGAGCUUCCACUUUGUAUCCACAAGCUAUAAUCAAUCAUACGGCCAAAGGCCACUCUGUUGUUCUUGUGGCUGGGUUGUGUGGAGAAGCCAGAGAGACAGAGGCUGUGAGAAUGAUGCAGGGAGUUAUAGACAGUCAGUGAAAUAAACAGUAUCUACUUAACUAUUAUCUGCUCCUGAAAAAAAAAAGAAAAAACCUGUUAAAUAAAUUGUAUUCUUGUGGUACAGGUCAUUUCAAGCAAAACAAGAAAUAAAACAGAGAAAUGUAAAAACUAACCCAGACAGAGUAAUGUUUAUUGUGUUUAGGAGCUGCUCCAUUCUGUCCCUUGGGAUACACAUAGCCCCACAGAAGACGCUGGGGUGGGGGAACGCAUGAUUUGUGCAUGCUGUGGAAGGGAAGGAGAGCCCCAGCCUUCUCACUUAGAAAUGCUCGUUUGGUGUUUUCCCAUAUCCAGAAAAAAAAUUCUCAGCAAGCUUCUGAGUUUUUGUGAGAUUAGCUUUGCUGAGGACUUGUUAGGCAGACACUGUUGUCAGUCUCUGCUAUGGUCUGGUCUGUUUCUUUCACUCACCCAUUUUCUCCCCACAUUCUGCACUUCACUGGUGCAAGGAGUAAACAUGAGCUAGCAAUAAAUAAGCCUUGAAGUUGUUCCAGUGAAAAACAAAAUCUCUAAUCAUAAAAUAGACCACUGGCUUAAACCCAACAGUGACAUCAUGAGUGUUGCAAGCAUUACAGCAGCUGUCCAGUGCUUAUAAAGUGGGUGCAAGUGCUGAAGUCAUGGCAUUUGCAUUGAUCUGGUGGUCAAGUGGUGCAGGAGGGCAAGCUUAUGUCUGCUUGAGAGAGCAGAAGGAAACGUGCUGUGGUAAUUGGGGCAGAGAUGUGAGAAACAAGGACCCCAGUUUUUUAUUCUACCUCUGACUCUACUGAGCGCAGACAGCAUCACACCCUGUGUAAGCAGCACCAUCUCCACACACCUCAGCCAAUGCUGCUAAGGUCCUUCUUUCAGGCAAUGGCACUCACCGGGAUGGUGCGUCUAAACCAGGCAACCAAGAGGCCUCUCAGCCUGCCCGCGGGAGGAGGGGGUGGCUGAAUUAUGAGUGGUGGCCAGCAGGAAAGGCCAUGGGCUAGAAAUGAGCUUGAAUGAAAAAAACAAGAUGAGCACAGAGCUAGAGAGCGAGGUGGAGAACAACAAGGUUUUUCUACACUUACAGCAGCUACCCCCCAGCCCCACAGUCACCACCACUCUGACCGUGACAGGCUCAAUCUUCGAACCAACACAAUCCCUUUCCAAGUUCACAUAGGCACCUCACAGUCCCCACCUGCUCACACUCCCCACCCCACCUGCAUUGAGUGCUUAGGCCCUCUGAAUGUUGUAUCCGUUCAAAGAAGGCUUGGAAUUGGCCACCACAGUAGGACUUUAGAACGGACUUUACUUUGGGUUAAAUAUAGCACAGGGACGGUCAGUCUGUGGCUUUGCGAAAGGCAGCAGUUCUGGGGUUCUGAAAAGUUUAUGUGGUACUGGAGCUGCCGGUGUCAAGAGAUCGGUAAGGGUAGCCAGAGGACUAUGGAGAGCCCAAGCCUCAUUGGUCUCUUCAAACACCAUUCAAGGGACAUAAGCUUUCCUCAGUCCCUAACCUCUAAAGUGGCAGCUGCCUUCCUUACAUUUCCUGGGCACCCUUCUGCUUUGUCUAUGUUUUUCGAUGCUUUCCUUCGUUUCCUUAUUAUUGUUCACUCACACUGGAAUUAAAAAAAAGGGGGGGGAGGAGGGGGUUGGCUUUAUAGUAAGCACACUGAGCAUUGAGAGAAACUGAGGACAACCUGAAAUUUCCUCUUGCAGAAAAGCUUCAAAGAAAAUACUGGAAAAGUAUUCUAUGUUUUCUCGGAUUAGCUGGGGAGGGAGGGAGGUUUCUCUACUAAUCAAUGUUGAGUUCUUUAAAUAGAUUUCUCUCCCCCAAAGUUAAAGGCAUGUUUGACUGCUGGGAUAUGUUCUUAAACUCCAAAUGUUAAAACAUGAUUGCAGUAGUUAUUUGUGGCUACCUGCACACAAAAUAAAAUGAAAACGACCAA